UUGAUCAAAAGUUUUUUUUCAGAGAAAAAUCUUCUAAAAGCCGAGCAUCUCACAGGGAGUGAAUUGGUUGACUAUAUCAACAAGGCCCAGAAAUUAUUUACACUCUCGCCUCGCUUCGCGAACUUCCCAGAUGAAAUCAAGCGCCGCCUCAUGGACGAUUCCACUAUCCCAAAAUCGUUCGAUUCUAGAACAAACUGGCCGGAAUGCUCGUCGCUUUACUCUAUUCGUGACCAGUCUUCCUGUGGCUCCUGUUGGGCGGUCGCAGCGGCUGAAGCAAUGACUGAUCGUAUUUGCAUAGCCUCAAAGGGGAAUCUGACGGUCACUAUCUCAGCUGACGAUCUUCUCUCUUGCUGUGACGAAUGUGGCUACGGGUGCGAUGGAGGCGACCCAUAUGAAGCUUGGAGUUAUUGGGUAUCCAGUGGAAUUGUUACUGGAACAAAUUUUCUUUUACAGAGCGGCUGUAAACCCUACCCAUACCCUCCUUGUGACGACAAUUUUCAGAAGUGCCCAAAGGACAUCUACCCAACAAACACCUGCGAAUAUAAGUGUCAAGAUGAUUACUCGGUCUCUUACAACAAUGAUAAACACUACGGAGCGUCUGUCUACGCGGUUGCUCAGGAUGUUGCCAGUAUCCAAAAAGAAAUCAUGAUCAACGGUCCGGUCGAAGUCGCUUUUGACGUAUAUGAGGACUUCGAGCACUACUCCAGUGGAAUCUACAAGCACACAACCGGUGAUUAUCUCGGUGGACACGCAGUGAAGAUGCUCGGAUGGGGAACGGAGAACGGCACAGACUAUUGGAUCUGCGCCAAUUCAUGGAAUUCCGAUUGGGGAGAGAACGGUUUCUUCCGAAUUCUCCGUGGUGUCGACGAGUGCGAAAUUGAAUCGGGCGUCGUCGCCGGAGAACCGCAAUAA